GUGAAUACUCUCUCUUUCACUUUCUUAUAUCACAGCACAUUCAUCAUGGACACACUCACUUUCCGCGGAGAACUUAAGGGCCACAACGGCUGGGUCACUUCGAUUGUUACGUCGGCCGAGGCACCAGACAUGAUUCUUUCCGCCUCGCGCGACAAGUCAAUCAUUGUUUGGCACAUUACGAGGGAUGAAAUUGACUAUGGAGUUCCUCGCAAAUCUCUCUUGGGUCACAACCACUUUGUCGAAGACUUGGCUAUCUCUUCCGAUGGUCAGUUUGCCUUGUCGGCUUCCUGGGACAAGACGCUUCGUCUCUGGGAUUUGAACACGGGUACCACCACCCGUCGCUUCGUGGGCCACACGAACGAUGUCAUGUCCGUGUCUUUCUCGGCUGACAACCGCCAGAUCGUGUCUGGCUCUCGCGACAAGUCCAUCAAGUUGUGGAACACUUUGGGUGAGUGCAAGUACAGCUUGACUGAAGAUGGUCAUCAAGACUGGGUCUCGUGUGUGCAAUUCUCGCCUAAUCCUGCCAACCCUGUCAUCGUUUCGGGUGGUUGGGACAAGGUUGUCAAGAUCUGGGACCUUACCAAACUCAAGCUGCGCUCGAACUUCAUCGGCCACAAUGGCUACGUCAACACUGUCACUGUUUCGCCUGAUGGUUCGUUGUGUGCUUCAGCCGGCAAGGAUGGCGUUGUCAUGCUGUGGGACCUGAAUGAUUCCAAGCAUCUCUACUCGCUCGAAGCCAAUGAUGUGGUCCAUGCACUUAUCUUCUCGCCUAACCGCUACUGGCUUUGCGCUGCCACUGGUUCGUCAAUCAAGGUCUGGGAUUUGGAGAACAAGAAAUUGGUUGAGGUGCUUCGCCCUACUUUCACUGCUACCAACAAGGUCCAGGAUCCUCAAUGCUUGUCGCUUGCCUGGUCUGCUGACGGCUCGACUUUGUUCUCUGGUCACUCUGACAACCUGGUCCGCGUCUGGCAAGUGUCGCGCACUUUGUAAAAACAAUGAACAAAGCACCGUCAUUCCUUUCCUCCAUCCUUUUUCUUCCUUUACUGUAUAUUGUAGUCCCAACCGGCUCUCUUCAUUUACCACUUUUGCCGCCACCUCCUUUGCCGGCUUCAAGGACGGCAUAGCUUUUCUUAUUUCAUAUGUCGUUAGCAGAUUUCCACUAUCCCCUUCCUCGCGCUCUUUCCUUUCUCUUCACGAAUCAGAGAAGCUAUCCAAAUUUAAUAUAACGCAUCCGUUGCUUCUUAUAUUGAA